AUGACUGAACUCACCAUCGGUCAAGGUAUAAUGUACAUUCAACGACCAGGCAUGAAUCUCACAAGCUUUCCAGCAAUAGGUCAAUCAGACUCAUCCUGUUCUCUGACAGGAUUAUAUGGAAUUACUGGUGUAGUAGUUGAUCAAUUUAAUAAUAUUUAUGCAACAUUGUCUCGUUGCUUUAUAAUCAUAAAAUGGGUACCAAAUAGUACUGCAGGUAUACUUAUUGCUGGAAACCCAGGAUAUUAUGGCACUGAUAGUAAUUCAUUAGAUUGGCCUCAUUUCAUGGCUUUAGAUGAAGUUCGAGGAGCCUUGUACGUCGCCGACAGUACCAAUAAUCGCAUUCAGAAAUUCAUAAUAGGCGGCAACGAAACAGGAAUAAAAGUAGCAGGUGGAAAUGGAGCAGGAUUGAAUCUUAACCAAUUGAGUGAUCCGUGUGGUGUUUGGGUGACACGAAAUGGUCAAACUCUUUAUAUUGCUGAUAGUAACAAUAAUCGUGUGAUGCGAUGGAAUCUUGGAGAUACACAAGGAUCGGUUGUGGCUGGUAGUGCAACUGGUGUUGCGGGCAGUACUAAUACACUUCUUUCGAAUCCAGGUGAUGUGGCACUUGAUCCUACUGAAACAUAUUUAUAUGUUUCCGACUAUUCUAACAAUAGGGUGCAACGGUUUGUUCUUCAAUGA